GGUAGGAAUUUUCGUUAAAAAAUAAAGCAUAAGAAAAAAGUUUAUGCUUCCAUCUUGUUGCUUCUUCAUGGGCUGAUUGUUAUGGCCACUGCAACGAUUGCCUUCAACUCCUUCGCAUCUCCAAUUACACGGCGCAUCUCCGUCCUUCGCCGCCCUCAUCUUUUUCCUUCCAUACUCGGCCGGAGCUCCAAUCUCUCAGGCUUCGCUUUCACUUCCUGUUUCUCCUCCAAUUUCACCUCCUUUGGCAGUAGUAUUAAAGCUUUAAGUGUUGGCGUGUCCGGCAAUAAUGUGGAAUAUCCUGUGGUUAUUGUUACCGGAGCUUCUAGAGGAAUAGGCAAAGCAAUUGCAUUGACUCUUGGCCAAGCUGGUUGUAAGGUUCUCGUAAAUUAUGCGAGGUCGUCAAAGGAAGCUGAACAAGUUUCAAAAGAGAUUGAGGCAUCUGGGGGUCAAGCUCUCACAUACGGUGGUGAUGUUUCAAAAGAAGAUGAUGUGGAAUCAAUGAUUAAAACUGCAGUUGAUGCUUGGGGAACUGUUGAUGUGUUGAUAAAUAAUGCAGGAAUAACACGGGAUGGAUUACUAAUGCGAAUGAAAAAGCCUCAAUGGCAGGAGGUUAUUGAUUUAAAUCUCACCGGUGUAUUCCUUUGCACACAGGCUGCUGUCAAAAUUAUGAUGAAAAAGAGGAAGGGAAGAAUAAUCAACAUAGUAUCUGUUGUUGGUCUGGUUGGCAAUGUUGGACAGGCCAACUACAGUGCUGCAAAAGCAGGAGUUAUUGGCUUUACCAAAAGCGUGGCAAAGGAAUAUGCUAGCAGAAAAAUAAAUGUAAAUGCUGUGGCUCCAGGGUUUAUUGCGUCUGAUAUGACUGCCAAGCUUGGAGAAGACAUUGAGAAGAAAAUCUUGCAAACCAUCCCUUUAGGGCGAUAUGGAAAGCCAGAAGAAGUUGCUGGGCUAGUAGAAUUCUUAGCACUUCAUCCUUCUGCCAGUUACAUUACUGGACAGGUCUUCACCAUUGACGGAGGCAUGGUGAUGUAGAUGAUUAGGAAUCUCCAAUGCAGCUGGCUUCCUCAUAAAGAGCACGCAAUGAAGCAUAGAAAGGAAUUUCAAGUUUCAAGUUCAGCAGUGUGUUAUUUCCUGUUCUGGGAAAUGCAUAGAUUGUACAAUAGGAUCAGUUAUUAGCAGCAGCAGUAAAAGAAAGAAACGGGGCGGAUUUGCCAUUAAGGGGUAGUUAGUCACAGUUUUGUCGAGUAAUGUAAUUGCUCUUGGGAAAUGAUGGUGUUUUGACAAUGUAAUAUUAUUAGUUCAGUAUUUAAUUUGGGAUGGUGUUCAGAACAUGUUGAAAUGGUUUGGGAGUAAUGAAACAGUGUCAUUUUUGUUA